AUUCACUAAUGUUUGCUGACUUUAGUGCACCAAAAUGAUAAGACUUGGGACUUUUAAUAGCUAGUCUUCACCAAUUCGAUGCAAGCGGAACACCUUCAAGAGGAAAAACUAAGAUGAAUAACAUUUCUGGACAAUUUCGAAAGACGACAUGGGAUCCAAUCCUUAUAAUAUCACAAAUAAUAGCCGUUCAAGCAGUGAUAUACGUUUGCCUCGGGGUAUGGAUAUGGAUUGUUGCCUCCCUUCUUGGAUCGACAAAGUCGUUAGAUUAUGCUUUUCAGUACAGUGAACUCCACGUUCGUGAUUUGGGUGGAAAAAUGGUUAUCACUAUGUUCUUGUUUAAUGCCUUGAUUGGAGCCUUAGUCUUGUGGUGGAUUGUACAAAGGACUAAACAAUGUAUGGACUUUGCGUGCACCGCUCAUCUGAUUCACUUAUUUUGCUGUUGGGGUUACAACUACAGUUUUCCAACAAGUUUCAGCUGGUGGUGCCUGAACAUCGUUUCUGUUACCAUAAUGUGCAUAUGUGGAGAAUUCUUGUGCAUGAGAACUGAACUCCAAGCAAUCCCUCUUGGAAUGAAUACCCAAAAAACAGCUUUGUAAAUGGAAUCAUUUUACUUGUAUUAUAGAUUCAUUUUAAUCGAUCUAAUUUAUUACUAAAAAUAUAAAACAGUGGAAAAAACCAAUAGAAACCUAAUAAAUGUUGAUAGUACGAACUUUAUGAAAGAAAAAGCCAGAGUAUCAUUUUUUACUUCCAAUGUUGAAGUAAUAUUAUCCCAAGAUUUGACAUUUAUCGCAGGAACUGAGAGUAGAUGGAGAUUAAGGAAUUCAGUAACAGAUUCAAGUCACAAAGUGGUUGACCAGAGUAAGGA